CAGAAAGGGUUUAGAAAGUUAGUUUCUGAAACUAACCAAUACACCAAGGUGCAAGCCCACAGUCCUCUUACAAUCCUCCUGGUGUUGAGAGCCAAGCAGGUGUCUACGGCCAGCUGUUCACCUGCCAGGCUCCCAGCACGAGCCCGGCCUUUCAACCGGAAGGGGAUGUAAGCGUGGACCCCUGGCCCCAGUCCUCACCCCUGGAUCAGACUACUGGAAACUUUCUAGGGCCUGGUGGAUGCCCUGGGGCCCUAAAGGUGCCAGGCCUGUGAUCUUAGCUGGAUUUUGGCCUCGGUGGGGAAUCUGUCCAUGGGAACAGUUCAGGGUCAUUUGUUAAUCUUCAGAGGCCUUGCCCCAGAUUCUCCUCUCCUGGCCUGUGACCCCGGUGACAUUCCGGGAACACUUAGUCCACGUGAGGGGAGGAACCACUGCCUGGAACUUUGAUCAGCGCUGGGGCUGCUGGGUUCCCAGUGACCAUAGACCACACCAGACUCACUUCUGCUUCCUAGGAAGAGCCAGGGCGGCUUUGGCGUCCUCUCAGCCCCUCACGGAGAUGCUGCCCGGGGCCUGGCUGCACUGGGCCGGCCUCCUGCUCCUGGCCCAGCCCGGCCGGCCCUGCCCUGCGGGCUGCGACUGCUUCAUCCGGGAGGUGUUCUGCUCCGAUGAGGAGCUGGCCGCCAUCCCGCAGGACAUCCCACCGCACGCCACCGACAUCGUCUUCGUAGAGACAUCGCUCAGCACGGUGGGCGCCAGGGCCUUCAGCGGCAGCCCCAACCUGACCAAGGUGGUCUUCCUCAACACGCAGCUGCAGCACUUCGGGCCCGACGCCUUCGGGGGGCUGCCCAGGCUGGAGGACCUGGAGAUCACUGGCAGCGCCUUUUCCAACCUCAGCAGCGACACCUUCUCCAACCUGACCUCGCUGGGCAAGUUCACCCUCAACUUCAACAAGCUGGAGGUGCUGCCCGACGGCCUCUUCCACCAGAUGGAUGCCCUGGAGUCUCUCCAGCUGCAGGGCAACCAGCUCCAGAGCCUGCCUGGGAGGCUCUUCCGGCCUCUGAGGAGUCUGAAGACCCUCAACCUUGCUCAGAACCUGCUGGCCCGGUUGUCCGAGGAGCUGUUCGACCCCCUGUGCAGCCUGCACACCCUGCGGCUGAGCAACAACGCGCUCUCCGGCCUGCCCCACGGCGUGUUCGGCAAGCUGGGCGGCCUGCGGGAGCUCUUCCUGGACGGCAACUCAAUCUCGGAGCUGCCCCCCGGACUGUUCUCAGGGCUCGUCCGGCUGGAGAAGCUGUGGCUGCAGCGCAACACCAUCGGCCACCUGCCCCUGUCCGUCUUCUCUUCCCUGGGCAAACUGACCUUCCUGAACCUGCAGGGGAACUCGCUGCGGGGGCUGCCCGCCGGCCUCUUCGCCGCGACCCCGGGCCUGCUCGGCCUGUCUCUGUCCUACAACCAGCUGGAGGCGGUCAGCGAGGGCGCCUUUGCCAACCUGUCGAGCCUCAGUUCGCUGACGCUCUCGCACAACGCCCUCACCCAUCUGCCGGCCGGCGUCUUCCGAGACCUGGAGGGGCUGGUCAAGCUCUACCUGGGCAGCAACAACCUGACUGCCUUGCACCCAGCCCUCUUCCAGAACCUGUCCAAGCUGGAGCUGCUCAGCCUCUCCCGGAACCUCCUGACCACGCUCCCCGAGGGCAUCUUCGACACCAACUACAACCUGUUCAACCUGGCCCUGCACGGCAACCCCUGGCAGUGCGACUGCCACCUGGCCUAUCUCUUCGGCUGGCUGUACCAGUACAGCGACCGGCUCUUCAACAUGCAGACCUACUGUGCCGGCCCCGCCUACCUGAAGGGCCAGCUGCUGCCCGCUUUAAAGGAGGAGCAGCUGGUGUGUCCUGUCACCCGGGACCGCCUGGGCUUCCAGGCCCCAGGGUUGGAGGACAGGGAGCCCGGGGACACCUGGGAUCUGGCCGCAGAGGAGAGGGCGGUCUGGAGCCGCUGCACUUACAGCAACCCUGAGGGCACCGUGGUGCUCGCCUGUGACGUGGCCCGGUGUCGCUGGCUGAACGUGCAGCUGUCUCCCAGGCGGGGGUCGGGCCCUCCGGGACUGAUGUACAAUGCCAGCCAGCACUGGGACUUGAAGUCGACCUGCGGAUCGUUGAGGCUCACGGUGGCUAUCGAGACUCGGCCGGGGGGGCACUAGACGCGGAGCGUGCGGAGCGUGCGGAGCCUGCCUAGGUGGUCUCUGGGGCCCAGCCAGGCCAGAGGAGAGAGGGGGAGCUGAAGCCUUGCUUUUGCAAAUGCCAGGGACAGAGCUGCGUCUCCCAGGAAGAAGCAGUGGCAUGGUGGCCUCCUCCUCUUCUGUUACUGAGCCCUACCUCGGCCUUCCUUAAGCUUUGCAAAGCAGCCCUUAAAGCUGCACCAGGGUCUGGAGAAUAAAAGAACAUUCUCCCUG